AUGGGCUCUUUCAAUAAUACCAUCAAGUGUGUUGUCGUUGGUGACGGUGCAGUUGGUAAAACAUGUUUACUAAUCUCCUACACCAGUAAUCAAUUCCCUGAAGAUUACAUCCCAACUGUGUUUGAUAAUUACGCGGUUACUGUCAUGAUUGGUGACGAACCUUACACAUUUGGUUUGUUCGAUACUGCUGGUCAAGAAGAUUAUGAUAGACUAAGGCCAUUAUCUUAUCCACAAACAGACAUCUUUUUGAUCUGCUUUUCGGUUGUUGUUCCUUCCUCAUUCGAUAACGUCAAAGAAAAAUGGUUCCCAGAAAUCCUACAUCAUGCUCCACACGUCCCUUGUAUAAUAGUUGGCACACAAAUAGAUUUAAGAGACGACCAAACUGCGCUCGCCAACUUGGCAAGACAGCAUCAAAAACCAAUAAGUGCCCAACAAGGUGAAAGACUGGCAAGAGAGUUGAAAGCAGUGAAGUACGACGAAUGCUCUGCUUUAACUCAAGUGGGAUUGAAAAGUUUGUUUGAUGAUGCUAUCGUUGCAGCCCUAGAGCCACCUGUCAUCAAGAAAUCUAAAAAAUGUACUAUUUUAUAA